AUUUUAUCGAUUUUAAGAAUUAUCUUUUAUCUUGAUGAUUCUUAAGUAAUUCCUAUUCUUAAGGAGUUUAUCGAUAAUCUAAAUUUAUAGAUUUCAAAUACUCGCUAACCGUAAAAUUCGCAUUCAUUAUCGCACAAAUAAAACAUACUUAAAACAAAAUGUCUUUAACAUCAGCGCAAAAACUUGUUUGCAAAAUUUCCAGCGUUUUGGGAGGACUGCAGGGAUUGGUUUGGACUGGCCUGUCUUUGGCUUGUAUAGUAGUUUAUUACAGUGACCAUCAACCUGAUGAAGACCCAACAACUUUUUCAAAGUUGUUGAAUUUACUAAUUUAUUCAUUAUAUCUUAACAAAGAAACGUCAAAUGCAAUAUCAGAAUCAAUAACCAGGACAAUCAGAGCUCAAGAUUUCGCGGUUAUAAUGUGGAUAUACUUUUUCCUCAGCGUAGGAAUCUUGGCUACAUCAAUAGACUUACUUUUCGCGGUACGUUCCAAAAAGAAUAGAAAAUCUAAGUCAAUGAUAUUUUGGGGUGUCCUAACUGGUUGCAUAUCUUUAAUUGAUGUGGUGUUCACCUCGCUACUUUUGAGAGAUUUUACCAAUUGCCCGAUAAAUUCAUUAGAAUGUCGAUUAGCAGUAGGAGUUGUUAUGACCAUAUCAGCCAGGGGAUUUACAUUAUUGUUUGUCAACGGAUUUUUGAGUUAUAAGAUGAUAAAAAUUGGAAUACAGGUGGAAACUUUGGCAAUAAUUAAGAACAGCCCUUAUGAUGUAAACAUCCCCAGAGUGAAAAUUCCAACAGAAGGAAACAUGUCAUCGUUCGGAAGAUCAGUAUCCCAACAAAACGAAUACAAUGAUCGCCCUUCAGCUCCAGAUAGAAGAUAUGUUUAUUAAGGUUAACAAUUUCGAUUAUUUAUUUGUAAUUUAAAGCCAAUCGAUUGUCUCGCGAAGUGCGAUUUUUUUUAAUAAACCAUUCCUUUAAUAAAUCGUUCUAAACACCCAUCGUUAAUCGAUCGGAACGACUUUGGUGGAACAUUGUAUGACACCGUAUUCUCCUUUCUCCGACCACUUUUCAUCUUUCGCAUCGAGCUCCAGCGCUACGUUUUUCGGUACGCCGCAAAUAAUAUCGGCUUUAACUGUUCUUAUUAUACACAACGCCGUCGGAUUGAAAUUCCGCAAACCCUCGUCUACGGAAGUGGACGGCUCCCAGUUUAACUCGCCGAACAACUUCCUAUAAUUCAAAUCCCCUUUGAAAAACACAGCUUUCGCCUGCGCCAAUUUCCUGUACAAAUCCGGGUCUACCUUGGCCAUGUAGGAGAAAUCGAACGGCAGCGUCCAAAAGUCGUAAACGUAUAUGACCCAUUUCUUUUUGUCGAUGUAGUCCGUCCAUCGGUGGCCCAGCUUGCGCAUCGAUUCCUUCGGGUUGAGUUUCAUUUGGUCCAGCAUCCAGAAGACGUCGUGCUUCAUUACGUCCGAUAUGAACCAGGGCAUGGCUUUUACGUAGAAUCUAAUUGUGCGCGCCAUCUUGUGUGUAAGCAUGUAAUCUGCCAAGCAGAGAUCGGUGAAGACUUCGUAACCGGCAUUAUCGAAUACGAUAUCUGUAAGGAAUAUCAUCACAACAUUCGAUUUUUUUUUAUUUGAGUAACGAGUGUUUACCGAUGUACUCGUUAGAUGCUCGGCUUGUAACAGCUUCCCAGAUUUUUUCGCUGUGAUCGCACAGGAUGUAGGGAUCUAGUGCUUCGACAUCGAAUAGUGUAUUGUCGUCUCCGACUUUACCUAACGACAGCGACAGGUCACAUUUGUUGCCCCAUAAGUUCAUCUGGAACAUUUUGAAUGUCAAGUAUGAUGUGGAUAAUACGAGAAUACAUUUAUACCUUAAUUAGUUGAAUGAAUGUCGCCUUUUCCGCGCGCUGGGUUAGGACAAGAGUAAUAAAUUCGCUCAUUUUUUCUAUUAAAGGUAUAGCGGACAUGUACGAUUGUUGUUUGUGAGAUUGGAAAUAAUCGAAAUCUUUGAGGAUAUGCCUGAAAUACAAUUUUUUUUUUUAUAUUCUAAUAACACUUCGUUACUGUUACUUACUUAGUUUGGAAAGACUGUCGAAUUCUUCUAUACAUGUAGCACUCGGUGAGUAGCCAUAUGGUAUGGAAGUGAGUUGUAUGUCCUUCGAUAAGCGAUAAAUUUUGGAUAUGUUCAUUAUAUAUUCUCACAUCUGGAGGUGAUGUACCAAAUAAUUUAUCUUCGAUUAAAGGUUUAAUCGGUUUGUUCGUUUGCAACUCGUAUUUGUAUUGCGACAUUUCCCCGAUGAUUUGCUUCAAUUCCUCUUG